AUGAACCACUCUACAAUCGAGUCAUGGAUCGAUUUUAGAGAAGCUUUCUUGAAGAGAUUUGCAAGGCCCACCUUUCAAAUCCAAGUACACCACUACUCUCAUCAGCUGGAGAGAGAGCGUGAUGAAGAAGAAUGGGGAGGCAUACCACCCCAUCCUGAAGUCUUGAAUGAAGAGCUAAUCAAGCAUGUGGAGAGGAAUCCUUUCUACAAUUCUACUUCAGAGUGUGCAAAGGAGCAUCUAUGCAACUUUGAGCAGCUUUGCCACUACUAUGGACUUGGAGACAACCCCAAGAAGAUACAACUUUUCCAACUAUCACUAGCUGGACAAGCCAAAGAAUGGGCUAAGUUCAAUGCCCAACAUGCUUUCAAGACUUGGAAUGGAUACAAAGGAAGCUUUCCUCUACAGAUUUGCCAAAGGUCCGAUUUAUGUUCCACCACCACGCCCAAGCUAUUCACAAUACCAUCCAUCAUCACCAGACAUAAACAAGACACCACUUUUCCCAAGGAGAGCUUCCAAGCUGCGCGCCAAACCAAGAUUGAAGAGAUGCUUCAAGAGUACUUGAGAAAUCAAGAUGAGAGUACAAAGAAGAUGGAGAGGAGAAUCGAUUUCAUCCAUGAGAGCCUUGGAAACAAAUCUGAAGUCCUAUUCAAGCAAGUGAUCAAGCUUGAUGAAGACAUUAAGAAGUUAAGAGAGGAUCAUGAUCGAUUCUACCCUAGUUAA